UAAAACGUCAAAGAAGAAGAAGAAGACAUCACCGGGGAGAGUUAGGAAACGUGGCCUUAAGAGAGAUCUGAGCUCAUCUCAAUGAGAAGCACGCUCAGUUGACACUCUCAGUAUCUAUAUUUAAGGGUCACAGUAAUUAAACGCGCGAAAACAUGGCUGAUGUGGAGCAAAACGCAGCUGUGCCAGACGGAUCCAGUAACGGCUCGGAUGCCGUUAACGGGACCGCUGGCCGGUUCGUGUCCAGUGCCGAGGGCACAGCUCUGGCGUACGGGAGCCUGCUGCUCAUGGCCCUGCUGCCCAUCUUCUUCGGAGCACUCAAGUCCGUGGGCUGCUCCAAGAGCAAGAGUGCUUCAGAUAUGCCUGAGACCAUCACAAGCAGAGAUGCUGCUCGAUUCCCCAUCAUUGCCAGCUGCACUCUCUUUGGCCUAUAUCUCUUUUUCAAGAUUUUCUCGCAGGAAUACAUUAACUUGCUGCUAUCCAUGUAUUUCUUCGUGCUUGGAAUAUUAGCGCUGUCUCACACAAUGAGUCCGUUUAUGUGCAGAGUUUUCCCUGCUAACUGGCCAAAUAAGCAGUACCAGCUGCUGUUCACCCAGGGCUCAGGAGAAAGCAAAGAGGAGAUUGUCAACUAUGAGUUUGACACCAAGGAUCUGAUAUGCCUGGGAAUCAGCAGUGUGGUAGGGGUCUGGUAUGUCCUGAAAAAGCACUGGAUAGCCAAUAACCUGUUUGGUCUGGCUUUUGCCCUGAAUGGAGUUGAGCUGCUACACCUCAAUAACGUCAGCACUGGAUGCAUCCUGCUGGGAGGUCUGUUUGUUUACGAUGUGUUCUGGGUUUUUGGCACCAAUGUUAUGGUGACCGUUGCAAAGUCCUUCGAAGCCCCAAUUAAGUUGGUUUUCCCACAAGAUUUGCUGGAAAAAGGUUUGGGUGCCAGUAACUUUGCCAUGUUGGGACUGGGGGACAUUGUCAUUCCAGGAAUCUUCAUUGCCCUGCUCCUGCGCUUUGAUGUCAGUUUGAAGAAGAACACACGAACUUACUUCUACACCAGUUUCCUGGCUUACAUCUUUGGCCUGGGUCUUACCAUAUUCGUAAUGCACACCUUUAAACAUGCUCAGCCUGCUCUGCUGUACCUGGUCCCUGCUUGUGUUGGAUUUCCGGUGCUGCUGGCCCUAUUUAAAGGAGAACUGACAGAGAUGUUCAGCUAUGAAUCGUCAGAUGAAGUUUUGCCCCACACUCCGCGGCUCACUCAUUUCCCCACUGUGUCGGGCUCUCCAGCUAGUCUGGCUAACUCCAUGCAGAGUUUUGGCCUGUCGACCCCCAGCCGUCGCCGGCACACACCCUCCGACAUGUAACAACUGAAUUCUUUUCCAUUACUAUGCAGAUAUGAAGAGUCUUCACCAGAGGAGGCGUCAUUGAAAGUGGAAAUAACAGAAUCUGAUAAAGACAAAUAAAAAUGCUGAGACUUAAUUCAUGUCCUAUGUUUGUUUUUUAUAGUGAUGUGAUCAUGCAGCAAACUGUCAUGCUGCUCAUGGCAGGCAUAUGUUCUCUAAUUUAGAACUUUUAAUGUACAACAGCUUUCUCAGUGCCUGUGAAAUCUUAAUUUCAUUGCCUUCAAAAUUCAUAUUUAAACAUUUGGCUAUUUGCUUUCAAAGAUUUUUUGUUGUUGUUAUAAUACAGUAUUUAAACUGGGUAGAAGUUGGGCUGUCUGAAUGUGUCAGAUUGCUAUAAAAAAUGAUUUAAAAAAUUGGAUGUCACGAUUACCUUUUCGGGUAUCUAUAAACACAAGUAAUUGUCCAUAAUUUAUUACAUGAAAGGAUGAAACAUUCAUAUUUUUAUUUUAUGCAAGUGUAAACAAAACGGUGGGAACCAAUAUCUCCCUAGCAAGUGAUGGUAUGGAUGUAGUUGAAGGGUUCUAGUUUAGUUUUAGUUCCAUGCUUUGCUUGGUAACCAUCAUUUUACGGUCUCUAGUGUAAUCUUUCUUUUCUCCGUGUAAAAGUUUAAGCUUAUGUGAGGAUCAUUUCUUCCUCUGUUUAACUUUUGUAUUUGCAUUAAACUGUGGUGUUCACCACUGGAGUAAAGUAUGUUACCAGUGUAGUUUGUGCUUCUCUAUAUUUUUCACCCUGUCAAAUGAGUAAUGAUAAUAACUUCGCAUAUUUAUGCUGUGUAUCAUGUAUUUUAUAUAUAUAUAUAUAUAUAUAUAAUUUUGGUCUGUGCAAACAUUGAAUUUAAAACUUUGUGGUCAAAAUUUCUUGUUAACAAUAAUUGUACUUUACAAUUACAAAUAUUACCAUGACUAAAGAGCAUACUCUUACUGGUAGAUUGAUCAUUACAGAAACAUUAUGUUGGUAAGAUCCAAUGUUAGUUUAGGGCAGCUGUGUGUGUGUAGCAAUUCAUAAUACUCAAAAUGACUUUAUAUUGCAAUUAUACAUACCUCCACGUCAGCUUUGUGGUUUCAUCGAUGAUAUAUAAUAAAUUUUUUGUAAUGCU